AUGGUACCAUUGGUCAGAGUACCAAGUAUAACAAAAACUGAAUAUGAACAACGAAUGGUGGAAGGGUCUAGACCCAUCAAAGAGACUAAUGCCUCCACAUUAGAAGAAAAGAAAGAAAAAGAUAGUCUAGAUAUAGUCCACUACUCCACUUGCCUGCUCAGGAUAAUAAAAUCUUCUGUUGGGGAAACAGUGCUUACUACUGGACCUGUAAAUGGGACUGGAAAGCAGAUUGACUUAUAUUUUGCUCUUUUUAGAGCAACCUUGGUUCUUUGGGACACUGAUGAAGAACGUAACAAAGAGACAAGUAGACCAGCCAGAAAAAAUGGGGUUAAAGAAGUGUUGGCCUUCCAUUGUGAAUGCAGCAACAGGAAGCAGAUCUAUGAACAGGAAGACAAGAUACAGCUUCUGACUUACAGGGCCUUUUUUCCAGCCAUGAUCAACUGUAAUCAUGGACACCUGGUUAGCGUGGCAAGUGCAGCAGGAUUCUUGGGAGUCUACAAAAUUUCAAAUUAUUCUGGAAGUAAACAUGCAGUCAUCACAAUGAUGGAAGCCUUAGAUUCAGAAUUAUAUCAUGCAAGAAAACACAGCUUUAAAAACACAGUCAUUUGCCCUUCUUUUAUUAAUACUAAAUUAGCUAGAGGUUUUCAAACCCAGUACCAACCUUUACUUCCUGCUUAUGAUGCAGAGUAUGUAGCCAGCAAAAUCAUGGAUGCAAUUCAAAAGGAAAAGCUGUAUCUAUUUAUGCCUUUGAUAUUACGCUUUUUGGCUUUUAAAAUAUAA